UGUGAAAGAUGGCUCGUGAAAGAGCUGGAGAGAUCAAUAGAAGGCACUAGAAACAACCAUCUAAGAAAGAGCACAAUGUAUUUUGACUGAAAAUGAAUUGGAAUAUAUAAUAAAUAUCUAGCUGAUUGGUAUCGUCAUAGGGGAAGUAUGCCUUGGAUGGAUCUCUGUUUGAUUUACAUUGCUUCACAGAUCACCUAACAUUUCAUGUCAUCAUGGGAAUGCAAGAAAAGGAAUACUGCCCAUAAUCUUGUUGUUUUAUUUUGAGUUCGGGAGGAAUGCAACAAUCUCUCUUUAUAAUUUCCCUCUUCUUUUUGCCCUGAUUGUAUGUUAUAGGCGUUGUAUAUUUCACCCUUUCCCACCGGAUCCAUUUGGUUCCUCCUCCUCAGGAAGUGGAGACGCCAGAGACAAGGACUGCCUUCAGCUGCUGCCUUCCUGGCGGGGCCCGCUAUCACUCUGCGAUGCCCUGUUCAUUUCUAGCGAGGAGCUGCAGGCAGUAGCGAGGGACCACGCAGGGGAAGGAUGCAUUUAAAGCAGGAUGUGUGCUGGAUGCUGGGAGACACGGCAGCGAUAGCAGCAGCAACAGCGAGCACAGAGGGCCUGGGAAGCGCCCACCCCCUCUCUCUCCUCCUUUUCCUCCCCCCCUGCAGGACCAUGCUUGCGUGAGGGAUGAGGCUGUGCACAGGGACGCCAGGCCAGAGCUGCGGCCUACUUCUUCUCACAAGAGCCGGGCUCUCGACUGCAAGAUCUGUGAAUGCUUUGCCACCAUCAAAUCAUCAGCAUCUUUGGCCCUCUUGCUUUUCACCCCUGACCGUUCUCUCUGUGGCCUCCGACCCCUGACCCCUGUGUCCAGGUCACCAGGUAGAUCCAGGAGCAUGAGCAGGACUCUGAGCUGCGGGAGCAGAUGUCUGGGUAUAAGCGCAUGCGGCGGCAGCACCAGAAGCAGCUGAUCGCCCUGGAGAACAGGCUGAAGGCGGAGAUGGAUGAGCUUAGGCUCCGGUUGCAGAAAGAAGUGGAGACCCACGCCAACAACACUUACAUAGAACUGGAGAGACUGGCCAAACGGCACGCCGUUCACACAGACAAAGAGUUAAAGGCAGCUACAGCAGAGGAGAAGAGGAUCCAGCAACAGAUCAUUGCCCAGCAAAAGAAGGAGCUGACCACCUUCUUAGACAACCAGAAGAGAGAGUACAGGCUCUGUAAAGACAAGAUCAAAGAGGAGAUGAAUGAGGACCCCAGUACACCCAAGGAGGAGAAGCAGGAGCGUCUGUCCAGGCACAAGGAGACGGUGCAGCGCUCACAGGCUGAUGAUGAGGCCCAUCUCCUUGACCAGCAGAGGCUGGUCUAUGACAGGAGUUGCCGGGCCAUGAAACGCAGGACACUGGUCAGGAGGCACGAAUUUGAACACGAGCAAAUGAGAGAGGAGCUGAAUAAGAAGAAGACCCAGAAGGAGAUGGAGCAGGCCCUGAUGAUCCGACAGGACGAGUCCACUCAGGAGCUGGAGCGCAGGCAGCUGCAGACACUGCAGAGGCUCCGUGUUGAGCUGAUCCGCCUGCAGCACCAGACCGAGUUGGAGAACCAGGAGGAGUACAACGGCCGGCGGCAGAGAGAGCUGCACAGGAAGCACGCCCUAGAGCAGAGGCAGCAGCCCCGGAACCUCAAGAUGUUGGAGAUGCAGAUCAAGAAACAGUUCCAGGACACGUGUAAGGUGCAGAACAAGCAGUACAAAUCCCUGAGGAACCAUCAGCUUGAGGUCUCUCCUAAGAGUGAGCACAAAGCCAUCCUAAAGUCACUGAAGGAGGAGCAGACACGCAAGCUCGCCGUGCUGGCCGAGCAGUACGAGCAGAGCAUCAACGAGAUGAUGGCCUCACAAGCGAUGCGUCUGGAGGAGGAGCAGCAAGGAGAGUGCCAGGCAUUGAAGCAGCAGCUGCAGCAGGAGAUGGAGCUCCUGGAUGCCUACCAGAACAAGACCAAGGCCCAGACAGAAGCCCAACACGAGCGGGAGCUGCAGAAGCUGGAGCAGGAAGUCUCCUUACGCAGGGCCCACCUGGAACAAAAGAUUGAAGAGGAGCUGGCCUCACUUCAGAAGGAACGCACUGAAAGGAUCAAGCACUUGUUUGAACGGCAAGAGAGGGAGAUGGACGCUUUCGAUGCAGAGAGCGCUAAGCUGGGGUUUGGGAGCUUAGGAUCACUGGACUUCCCCAAGGAGGACGACAGAUGAAAAUGGAUGUGUGUGUGGAGGACUCUUCGCUUCUGGUGUAUGGUGUAGACACGUGCUUGCACGGUUUCACUGUCGACUUGACCAUCGUCAACCUCCACAGUGACAACGCUGGAUAACUCUUUUUCUCUCUCUCUAGUCUUUUAGAUAUCACAGCAUAGUGCUGUCAUGUGCCAGGGGAACUACUUUUGUGCAAUUUAAAAAAGGGGGAAAAUAAAACAAGAUUAAUUCAAAACACAAUACUAAACUAAGACAAACCAAGAAACUAAUGCUUAUCAAAAAUAAGAACAGACUCUUUCCUCCAUGCUGUCACAGCUCCUUUUGGUAUAAAAUUCAGGAAAUUUUAGUAAAAAAUGAGCACUUUGAUAUGUUUAAGUAUUAACCAUGUUCAUAUAAUGCUUAAUGCGUAUGUCACAUGGAGGGGCAUUGUGGAAUGUGAGCUGCGGACGACACCGUGAUGUUUAGCUGCUUCAUCUUUCUUCUCAGAGAAUGUGAAUAAUACUGGAUGUGAAUACUGUGAGUUAAAGAGGGUAUGAGGACAGUGUCAGAUGUAUGUACACAGUUUUAUGGAGAGCUUUUACUUAAUUCCAUAUUGAGCUAAAGAAUAUAGUCCUUCACUUUUUUAAACAAUUACGGUAUUUAUGUUCCAUUGUUCAGUAUUUAGGAUUUAUUGGCAUCAGUUUGAUCAAGGUGUGUAUUUUAUCACAAUGAUUCAACUCAGUAAAACUGCUUAUUGUUGCAUGCACUUUAAAGACACAUUCAGGUUGUGAAGUAAAGCAUGAAUCUGUCAAGAGAUUUUAGCCGUUUGUAAAUAAGUGGUCAUAGCAUUUUUGUUUUAAUGCCUAUUGAUACUGAACAUAAGCGCCAAAUUAGAUAUGACAAUUUCACAAAUGCCUUUAUUUUAAGUUGUGCCUAUGAAGCGGUUUUGAUUUGUCGUUCUUUCAUGUUUGUUUAGCACGGCCAACACCAUUGUUUGUUCCAUUCCAAUUUGUGAAUAAUUUAAUGUUCACUAAUCAAAGGUAUUGUAAAGGAAAUGGUGAGAAUUGUGCUGUAUAACUUUUGAUAUAAAUAUUUGUAUUUGAGAACCUAACUAGGAGAUACAGAAGAUUUGGUCGAUUACUUGAUGAAGGAACUUCACAUUAUAAUUGGGAAUGUUUUUUUUUUGUCACAAAUAAAACUGACAUGGUAAUACAGUAGAUCAACAUACUGAAAACGAAUCACUGCAGACUUAUCAGAUUGUAUAAAAACAGUUUAAUGGUAUCACAGAAUUACUGUAAAUGCAUAUUUUUUAAAGAUGUCUGGCAGGUGGUUGCUUUGUUCUGGGUUGCAUUCAAGUCAUAGCUGUUUAGCUACCAGAUGUACAAUGUUUUGCAGUGUUCACGGUUGUUAUUGCACAUAAGGUUGCACAAUGUGUCCAUUACAGUGACUUGAUUUCUACUAUCACCAUCAGCCUUUGUGAUCCUGUGACACAGACAGAAGACCAGAUUGAAUGUCUGUCUGGAUGUUACAAACUAUUUCAAAGUGUCCAGGGUGAACAGUUUCAAAAGAUUUCUUGAAUGCAACCCUGGUAUUUUGACAGUUGCCUCCAAACUCUCCUGUUCCCUAUACAUUGAUAAGUGAUGGAAAUCAUGCUCUUCAUAGUGGUGGGCUGGGCAAGUGAGAUUGAGAAUGGUAUAAUAUCUGACACAAAUGCAAGAGAACUAACUAUGGAAUUCGAAAUACAUGAAUAAACAACUAAUAUUUUCAAUGUGAACAACCCAGUAUGGCAUUGUUGAUACCCCCAGACUUAUGGCUCCUUGCAAGAAUUCAAGUGUCAAAGUUAUUUAGUAGGCCUCAUUUUUGGAAUGAUUUGCUGUAAAUUACUCAUUUGAAAGCAAAAUAUUUUGAGUUUGGAAGGUUUUUCAGAUUGUAACUUUUGUUGACAAAUGGUUAAGAUCCAUAUGCUAUUUUCUCUGGGUUGGUUGAAAAUGGUUUAAACCUGUUAUGAACCAAAGUGUUUAUGUGGACUUCAGUUAUAAAGAAAUAUGUAUUUAGCUAGAAUAAAGGGGACUUUCCUAAACUAAGCCAUGCAGCAUUUCCUGUGUGGCACAGACAAAAUAAAAGAGAUUCUCUUGAA